AUCAUUGCUCCACCCCUAACCGGGCUGGAAAGCUAAAGCUAACCAUCCGCAGCUGCAUACCAGCACGCAAGCAGUACACACCCGGCGCCUUUCAUCCCCCCUCGCUUUUAAACCCCAUCGAGAACAACCGCAACUGUCAGCUGGGUGGUCCAACUCUUACGAUUUCAUUUGUGGAUCUUAUUUUGUUGACAACUUCACCUCAGGACUUGCUGUUAGUGGACUAGCUAACGACAAAACUCCUGGUCGGCAGCGGACGACCCCCCGCGGAACCCCUCCUGGACUUCUAUUCCACUUCUCUGAUGUGUGGAUUUGUGUGUCCACACCCUGGCGCUUUAAGACAGCUCUCGAGCUCGUCUGAAGCACCACAGUCUCACUGUCAUCUACAAAUCCAACUCACCUGCUCAUAGGACCACCACUGUCUCAACAACCCCCCCUCCCAGAAAGACUAUGCCUCUGGGUCUGGGAAGAAGAAAGAAGGCGUCCCCCCUGGUGGAAAAUGAGGAAGCGGAGCCCAUCCGCGCCGGUCUCAACGUGGACGGUUUGAACGGAAGCGGAGUGGUGGGCUUGGGAGAAGGCGCUGCCUCGGAGGGUUUGCCCCCGCCGCCAAGCAGCAUGCGGCCGCGCCUCAUCUUCCACACCCAGCUGGCCCACGGCAGCCCCACCGGACGCAUCGAGGGCUUCAGCAACGUGCGGGAGCUCUACGCCAAGAUCGGCGAAGCCUUCGGGAUCCCUCCGGCGGAGGUGAUGUUCUGCACAUUGAACACUCACAAGGUGGAUAUGGACAAAUUGUUGGGAGGCCAGAUUGGGUUAGAGGACUUCAUCUUUGCCCACAUUAAAGGCCAAAAGAAAGAAAUUGAAGUGUACAAAGGGGAGGAUGCACUUGGCUUGACCAUCACUGAUAAUGGAGCCGGUUAUGCUUUCAUCAAGAGAAUCCGCGAAGGUAGCAUCAUCCAUCAGAUCCAGGUGAUCAACGUGGGCGACAUGAUCGAGUCCAUCAACGGCCAUCGCCUGAUUGGCUGUCGGCAUUACGAGGUUGCCAAGAUGCUCAAGGAGCUGCCCAAGGGCAAGGACUUCACCAUCAAGCUGGUGGAGCCGCUCAAAGCCUUCGAUAUGAUCAGCCAGCGAUCUGGAGGCUCCAGGUCAUCAUCCGGGGUCCAGCUAGGCACCGGCAGGGGAACCUUACGGUUGCGUUCUAAGGGUCCCGCUACCGUAGAGGAAGUGCCCUCGGCAUUUGAGGAAAAAGCCAUUGAGAAGGUAGACGACCUCCUGGAGAGCUACAUGGGCAUCAGAGAUAGCGAGCUGGCGGCCACCAUGGUGGAGCUGGGAAAGGACAAAAAGAACCCAGACGAGUUUGCCGAGGCUCUCGACGAGACGUUGGGAGACUUCGCCUUCCCGGAUGAGUUUGUCUUCGACGUGUGGGGCGCUAUCGGCGACGCUAAAGUCGGACGGGUGUGAACGUCACAUGACUUGCCGACGGAGCCUGACGGACUUGUGUGUGUGUGUGGUCACUACUUGGGAACUCAACACAAAUGGUUUGUUUUUAUUCACUAUACUGUUUAACUCCUGCUGUUUGCCAUUUUUGUCUUUGGUAGAGACUUUUGUGACAAAGAGGCGGAAAUCAAGUGCAUUUAUUUUUAUUUUAGCUCGUCUUCCUGUGGUUCCCAUCUGUAAAGGGGUGUCGGGGCCACCCUGGAAAGUUCAAAUGUAUUUUCUCUGAUACAUCUCAAAUCAUCUUUCCCCAUUGAAAUGAAUGGAAAUGCCACUAAUCCGUUCCAGCGUCGCAAAAAUCACAGUAAUUUAAAGAUUCGUCUGGUUUUUGCAUGCAACUUAUGUGUGUAUGAUUUUCACAUAAAUCUGGUAGUGCAAUUCUUAUUUUUUUUGAGUGUGGCCCUAGCAUUCCUCGGCAGGUGUGAAGGAAUAUGCGUGUGUAAGCAUGAAGACGAGCCUCGCGAACGCGCAUGCCGCACACUGACUACUGCAGGGUUGAGAAAUCUUUUCCCUAUCAAGCUGCCAUUUCAGUCCCUCAAGGGCCACGCAUGUCUUAAAUGUUCAAUUUGUUUUGGUAAUGUUUCCUAUUUAGUUUGUAUGUGUGUCAACUUGCAUGGUGGGCCAUAUAUUGGUUGCCCCUCCCCUUCCACACACACACAAAUCGAUGGUGUUCGGUGGCCCGAGACAACAGAGCCUCUGUUGUAUUGGCAGUGUUGUUUGUUCCGAGCCUCUCUACUUGCUUUAUUUUUUUUUUGACAAGCAUGUUUUAAUUUUUAUUCAUCAACUUUGCUGUAUUUGACUUCCAAAGGAGAAGUGGGCUGUCAAAAAGGUCAUAAUAUUAAGUGUAGCUUGCCAGGCAGUAGUGUUUGAGUCGCACCUUCUAUUGUGGUGACUGCGAUAUUACUUUUGAUGACACUUAUAUUGUAAAAAAAAUAAAUAAAGCAGUGUUAGGUUACUUGUUUAGGUUCAGAGAUGCAGUUUAGUUGCUUUGCUGUUUUUUUUUUUAUGGCUAGUGUUUUUAUAUAAAGUGAUAAACAUGACAGCGCUGUGGAAGUAAAGGAAUUUAAGUUAUAAAAACACUUUUUUCUUUUCAAUAUGAGUUCAUAUAGGAGGAAGGUCUACUAGGAACGACUUCCUGUUAUGCGUCUUCUUGCAUGUUUGGGGGAAAAACAUGCUCUUGUGUGUGGGCAGAAUUCUGAAGCCAUUUUGUUAUUCACACUUUGGAGAUGAUGUUACUAAACACUGACUGCAGCAAACGUGACUUUGUAUGGCACUCUUCAUGGCUAAUUAUAAUGCAGUUCUAAUCAA